AAAAUAAUUACUCAGUAAAAGCAUAGCACAAAUAUUAAUUUCGUAUAUCUUACGAAAGUUGCACAGAAGGUGGAGUUUAUCGUUGAGCAUAUAUAACAAAAUAAUUUGUUGCAAAUUGUGAACAAUUAUUAGUAUUCUUGUAUUCCAUUAUUAUCCAAAUGAGUACAGUUAACAAAGUCAGUGCUUCUACUGGAAACAUAAAUGGACACAAAGUACAUAAUGUGGAAGAAAUUCAGAUACCUGUACCAUGGGGUCACUUAAGCGGCAAAUGGUGGGGACCAGUGGAUCAACAACCAAUAGUGGCUAUACAUGGCUGGCAAGAUAAUGCUGGAACAUUUGAUAAAUUAAUUCCAUUAUUAUCAUCAAAUGUUGCCAUUCUAGCUCUAGAUUUACCAGGUCAUGGUUUAUCCAGCCAUCUUUCUGCCGGACAAUUUUAUUAUAUAUUUUGCGAUGGACUUAUCACUCUACGUAGAGUUGUUAAAUAUUACAAUUGGAACAAGGUGAGAUUACUUGGACAUUCCUUGGGAGGAGCAAUAUCAUUUUUAUAUGCUGCAUGUUAUCCUGAUGAAGUGGAUUUCAUGAUAAGCUUAGAUAUUGCAAGCCCUAGCGUAAAAGACAUAACAAAGAGUUCUGCUAUAACGGGUGAUAGUAUUGAUAAAUUUUUAAAAUAUGAGUCACUAAAGCCUGAUAGUAUUCCAUCCUAUAGUUAUGAAGAAGUUCUUAACAUUGUUGAAGAUGCUUAUAGUGGUUCUAUAACUAGAGAAGGUGCAAUAAUAUUAAUGAAACGUGGCUUAAAACCUUCCAGUGAACCAGAGCAAUAUUAUUUUUCACGUGACCCGCGGUUGAAGGUUUCUGUAUUGGGUAUGAUAUCCUUGGAUCUAGCCCUUGCAUAUGCAACUCGGAUAAAGUGCGCUUAUCUUAAUAUCCGUGCUGUCCCCGGCAUGAAACUCGAUCACCCUGAAUCUUACGACAGUGUUUUAGAUCAGAUAAAAGUAGGUGCUGCAAGAUUUGAGUACCACAAAAUUGAGGGAACUCAUCAUGUACAUUUAAAUAAUCCUGAAAAAAUUGCACCUAUAAUUAACAGUUUUAUAACUACUUAA